AUGGACCCUGACACUGCCCAGGCCUUUCAGAAGGAAUUGAGAUGUGCCAUCUGUAUAAAUACUUUUAUAGAGCCAGUCACCUUAGAGUGCGGGCACAGUUUUUGUCGACCUUGUCUCUGCCUCAGCUGGGAAGAGACCCAGAUUCCAGCCAGGUGCCCUGUGUGCAGGGGACCCUGCCAGCAGAGAGACCUCAAAACCAAUGUGGUUCUGAGGAGCCUGGUGGCCAUUGCCAGAAGAGCCAGCCUCAGGCAUUUUCUGAGCUCUGAGGAAUACAUGUGUGGGACACACAGGGAGACAAAGCAGAUGUUCUGUGAGGUAGACAUGGCCCUGCUCUGUAGGAGCUGCUCCCAGUCUCAGGAGCACAGGGCUCACAAACACCAUCCCAUAGAUAAGGCUGCUGAGGAGCAGAGGGAGAUGAUUUCAAAGCAGAUGCCUACUGUAUGGGAAAAGACUCAAGAAAACCAGCACAAUUUACAGGAGAAGAGGAGACUCAUCAACCGAUGGAUUUGGGAUUCCUCCAUAGGGAGCAACCUCACUGAAUCUGAGGAUCUUUUCCUCCUUUUGUUUGUGAAAGAGAACACACUUUCCACCAUUUUUACCACAUCCCCGCUGCUGCCUCAAUAUGUAGAGAAGCCUCUGGGCCGGAUUUCAGGAAUGACUGCAGUGAUUGAUAAAUGUCUUUAUGACAAAGAACUGUCAGCAAACACAAGGGUCACAGGGCAAAUCUUCCUAUGA